AUGACUUUUUACUCAAGAUAUCUUCAUGGCAUUGAGACAAAGUUUAAUCGCCAUGAGAGGAAUUAUGAUUGUCGAGAUAUUAAAGCACAUAAAGGUUUAUUUAUCUUUUGUCAACCUGGGAGAGCGAUAGGAGCUGGUACUACACGUGACUUAGAUACAAAUGAGUUCAAGCAAGCACAUAUUUAUGUCUUGAAGAACUGCCCUGAAGUUCAACCAUUUCUUGAUCAGUUCUCGCAAAUUCAAAGUAGAAGGGCACUAGAAGUAUUUGACAAAAAUUUUAUUGAGUGGUUUAAGAUCAAGGUUGCACAAAUUCAUAAGCAGGACAACAACUUGAUUAUGGAAGACUUGCUUUCUUUGUCACGUGGUCCUACCAAAUAUGUGACAUGUUAUAAUGGAUAUCUAAUAAAUGGAUAUAGAUUCCGGAUAGAAGAUAUUGACAAAGGCUUAAGGACACAAAACAGUGGAGUGGUUGUAGUUGGUGAUACUGGUAGUGAAACUGAAAGAAGAGACUACUAUGGGGUCUUAACGGAGAUCAUUGAAUUACAAUAUCUUGGUGGUCGUCGAGUAGUAUUGUUCCGAUGUAAUUGGUGGGAUGUAUAUAACAAAGAAAAAGGAGUGAAAAUAGAUGAAUAUGGGCAUAUUAGUGUUAAUUGCCAAAGAUUAUUGAAAACAAAUGAACCUUUUGUAUUGGCCAAUCAAGCAUCGCAAGUAUUUUAUGCAUCUGACAAUGUUAAUAAAGGUUGGCAUAUUGUACAAAAGACUCAACCUCGUGACAUAUAUGAGAUGCCUUUAGAGAUGGAUGAGGAUUCUAAUGAUCUACAAAAUAGGGUUGAGGCAUAUCAACAAUUUGAAUCAUUUAUUUCCAUCAAUGCUGCAUCUACAUCACAAAAUAUGGAUGAUGAAGUCAAUUGA